GUCUGUUUUCUGUUAGUUAGUGAUUUUUCAUUCGUUGUUGCUAUUGCUCGUGUCGUCUUCUUGGGUGUGAAAAUGUCUAUCGAGGCCUAAGCUGUGAGGCACUGUGUGAACGAUGAAAAGUAGCCCUACGCGCAAAUAUGAGAAUUUCUCCAACGACCACCACGGGAAGGAAACGGACAAGUAUUCAUUAGACAGCCAAGACACCGCCAGUGUGCAUUCCACGGAGGAGGGGGGUGGGGGGCGGCGCGGGUUGAUCGACGUGAGCGCAGGUGCGGGCGACAUGUGGAUCAGUGCCGUCGAGAGCUCCAUACUGUCAUGGGAGGAGGUGGCAGAACGUCUAAACGUGGACGUCCGCCGCGGCCUAUCAUGGCGCGAGGCGAACGAUCGCAUGAACUUCGUGGGCCCCAACGAGUUCCAGGUCAAAGAACAGGAGCCGCUAUGGAAGAAGUACAUAGAACAGUUCCAGAAUCCACUCAUAUUGCUGCUGCUUGGCUCAGCAGUGGUGAGCGUAUGCAUGCGGCAGUUCGACGACGCGAUCUCCAUCACCGUUGCCAUCAUGAUCGUGGUGACCGUGGCCUUCGUCCAGGAAUAUCGGUCUGAGAAGUCGCUCGAGGAGUUGAAUAAGCUGGUGCCGCCAUCUUGUAAUUGUCUCCGAGAAGGCAGCCUCGAACAUUUCCUGGCCCGAAACCUGGUACCAGGUGACAUAGUCCACCUGAACAUCGGUGACCGGGUUCCCGCAGACCUCAGGCUCUAUGACUCCACAGACCUGGCGAUCGAUGAGUCCUCGUUCACUGGGGAAACGGAGCCAGCUGUUAAGAGUGUGCUCCCGAAUAAGGCAGCUGCGGGGAGGGUGAAUAAGGAUAACAUUGCCUUCAUGGGGACUUUGGUUAGGUGUGGUAAUGCUAAGGGCAUUGUAGUAAGCACAGGCGAGCGCUCAGAAUUCGGCGAUAUCUUCCGAAUGAUGCAAGCGGAGGAAGCUCCAAAGACUCCCCUACAAAAAUCCAUGGAUACCCUCGGAGCUCAACUGUCCAUGUACUCCUUCUGCAUCAUCGGGUUCAUCAUGGUGACUGGCUGGCUGCAGGGCAAGGCUUUGCAGGACAUGUUUACAAUCAGCGUCAGUUUGGCUGUCGCUGCUAUUCCUGAAGGUCUCCCGAUCGUGGUGACCGUGACCCUGGCUCUCGGCGUGAUGCGUAUGGCCAAGAGGAAUGCGAUCGUGAAGAAACUGCCCACCGUCGAGACUCUUGGAUGCGUCAAUGUCAUCUGCAGCGAUAAGACUGGAACAUUAACAAAGAACGAGAUGACAGUGACAACAAUAUCUACAUCAGGCGGCCAUAUUGCUGAAGUGACGGGUACCGGGUACAACGCUUGCGGUGACAUACAGUUACGCGCGUACAAGGGACGCGAUCUAGACGUCGCUAGGAUGGCUGUCAAUACUAUGUUAGAGGUGGGAGUGCUAUGCAACAACGCGACUCUCCGUGACGAGGCGCUGUACGGGCAGCCCACCGAAGGAGCUCUGCUCGCCUGUGCGCUCAAGAACGGCAUGCGGGACGUCAGAGAGGAUUACAAUCGAUUGCAUGAAAUUCCUUUCAGCUCCGAAACUAAAAUGAUGGUAGUGAAAUGCGCCCCUAAAUUCUCUGACGGCAAAUUGAAAGAAGAAGUGUUCGUAAAGGGAGCCAUCGAGAAAGUUCUACCGCUAUGCACUCAGUACAUCGAUAGCAGCGGCAACUAUGCGCCCAUGACUAAGGAGAAACAAAACGACUUUAUCGGCGAGGCUUAUAAUAUUGCUAGGAUGGGUCUCCGCAUCAUAGCCCUAUGCCGCGGUCCUCGAGUAGAGUCCCUCGUGUACACUGGAGUAUGCGGCAUAUGUGACCCGCCGCGUGACGGCGUACGUGACGCCGUGGCCACGCUCGCACGUGCCAGCGUCGACGUCAAGAUGGUGACGGGCGAUGCCAGGCCCACUGCGCUUGCUGUCGCACAAAUGGUUGGCUUGGACGUCCUACACUCGCAGUCGCUGGCCGGCGAUCAGCUGGACGCCAUGUCUGACGAAGAAUUGGAUAGGAUGAUUGACACCGUAAGCGUAUUCUACAGGGUGACUCCAAAACAUAAGCUGGCUAUUGUGAAGUCACUACAAAGGGUUGGCAACAUUGUAGGCAUGACAGGCGACGGCGUGAACGACGGUGUGGCACUGAAGCGAGCGGACAUCGGCAUCGCGAUGGGCCGCAACGGCACCGACGUGUGCAAGGAGGCCGCCGAUAUGAUACUCGUCGACGAUGAUUUCGCUACUAUUAUCGCCGCCAUUGAAGAGGGCAAAUGCAUAUUCUACAACAUCCGCAACUUCGUGCGUUUCCAACUGUCCACGUCCAUCGCGGCGCUGUCGCUCAUCGCGCUUGCCACGCUCAUGGGCAUACCCAACCCGCUCAACGCCAUGCAGAUACUCUGGAUCAACAUUAUUAUGGACGGUCCCCCGGCUCAGUCCCUCGGCGUAGAACCAGUGGACCACUCGGUGCUACGGCGUAGGCCGCGCGACACGACGCGCCGCAUCAUCUCCCGCGCGCUGCUGCUCAACGUGCUGCUGUCUGCCGCCAUCAUCAUCGCCGGCACGCUCUGGGUGUUCAACAGAGAGAUGUCGGACAACAAAAUAACCCCCCGCGACACGACAAUGACAUUCACGUGCUUCGUGCUCUUCGAUAUGUUUAACGCGCUGUCGUGUCGUUCGCAAACCAAGUCUCUCUUCCAAGUGGGCCUGUUCUCCAACAAGAUGUUCCUGGUGGCUGUCACCCUGAGUCUGGUGGGACAGAUGCUGGUCAUAUACUUCCCGCCGUUGCAGAGGGUGUUUCAGACUGAAGCGCUUACUGGACAUGAUAUAAUAUUCCUCGUAUGCCUCACAUCUAGUGUAUUCAUAGUGAGCGAAGUCAAGAAACUGAUCGAGCGUUCGUUAAAAAAGCGGGCUGCUGGCAAGUUCACCGGCAAGUCCCGGGAUGCCAUGGACUUCGUAUGACACAAGCCCGACGGCAAGGCGCAGUAAGCAUACAACUCGCCCCCGCUGACUCGCAAGUAUCCGGACAUAUAGACAUUCGAAAUUUGAGCCCUAGUGCAGGUGAGAGUGCGAGUGUAAGUGAGAGUGCGAGUCCCGGCGCCCCUCGUGCGAGUGCGAGUGACCCGCGCGAGUCGGACCGCCCCUUCUCCAUAUACGACGGUAAAAUCAAUAUUCCUACUAAUUUCUAAACGAAAUUCCUCCGCAGUAUUUUUGUGUGACUAUUUUAUUAUUGUUAAGCUUCGUUUAAUUAAGUGGAACUAGUGAAUUUAUAUUUUGCGAUCUUUUGUUUUUUAAAGCGCGACGAAAUUGGAUGUUUAUUUUUUUAGUUUUACUUUUUUUUAAGUUUAUUUUAGAUGACGAUGUGCGUGUCGUAUAUGGAUGUGUUAGGUUAUGUAAGAUGAUAUGUAGCGUUAGGGUGCGUCCACAUCUGGCGAAUGUGCAGCACGC